CUUCUGAAGAACACGUUUUGGCUGAGGAUGGAAUAGAGAAAGAAUAAUGAACGAGAUACACAGAGUGAUCACGCUUAUACGGCCAAGCCAUACAGUACUGAUUAGGUGUUCCCACGACCAUCGUUCCCGGCCUUCUUUAAGUCUUAUGUGUUGAAUGUCAGUGUCGCCCAUCGUAUGUCCGGUUUUAAGAGUUGUGUGUUUGAGAGCCGAUACCAUGAUAAUCCUACACAGCAGUCAUUCGAGCGUCUUAGAAAUCUCAAAAUUAAUCUGAAGCACGUUGUUUUAGGCUUUGAUAGAAACAUACCAGUUCGCUGAAUCUGCGCAGUCGCUUGUUUGUCGUCGACACUGGAUAAUAUAGAGCGCUCAACAAUUUACUUUUAGGAGGCGAAUGUUUUGGAUGUCAACGGUAUGGUCGAGAAAGUCGAGGGAGUAGGUUAGGUUAUUUCUGACUGUUUACAGCAAUGUCUUUUAAUCUACAAGAAAACAAGUUCUAGAUGGGGUUCUUUGUCCAAACUUGCGAUGAGGAAGUCAUCAACAUAGGAGCACAGAAAUUUAAGACCUCUGAACAUCACGAAAUGAAGUCCUUACACACUGGACGACUGUUGUCAUAGUAGAGCAAAGAGACCUUUUUUAAAGUGUGAAGAUGGGGGAUGUAGUGGUUCAAAAUAAUUUACCCCAACAAACAGGAAAAAUAUACAGUAACACGUCAACCAUUGGAUUCAGGUCGUUGAAAUGCACACCAGAGGAAUGGAUCUCAUAUCAAAACGAAAAGUAUAUUCGAGCAACUAGUGACUGCGAACAAACAGAGCAUGUGAAUGACUUGACUAAAUCGAUUAUCAAAAGCACUGAUGCCAUAACGAGGAAGCUACAGGCUGAUUCGACGAAGCGGCUGAAAGAAAGACUUCAUGAUACCAUUUUUUGGAAGCAGGAACUAGAAAGAGAAAUAAAUGACAUCAUCCAGGAAACCACAUUUUUGAUCAAAGAAAAAGAUAGGCUGCAGAACGUUCUCUUGGAAACGGAUCUUCCGCUGCAAAUAGCAACUGAGAACCUGAAUACACGAGAACGUAGGAGAGGGAUAGAUAAAGUUGCUGACCCUGUCGAAUCGGAGUUAUAUAUUGAAGUGGAACUCAUACAAAACAUCCAAAAAUUGAUUAAAAAUGCUGUUGAACAAGCUGAUAAACAGAUUUGUCAGAAUCGUACAGUCAAAGAAGCAUUAGAACUCAAUUGGAGUGAUAAGAAAGAAGCUGAAGAAAUUGAUUCUAAAGCGGGAAAUUUGAAAAAUUGUUCAACAAAUAAACAGUUUUAUGCUGGAGUUGCAUUAUAUCAGGAAAAUAUGUCGACUGUUGAAAGUUGGGCAAAGGAUGCAAAUGAAGUGAUUACACGUGCAGAAUCAGAACGUCUAGCUAGUAUUGAUUUGCGUUCCUUGAUAUCUAAUUUAAUUGUUGAUACGUCACGUGACAUGAGACAACAGUUUGAUCGUGUUAAUGCUGCUUUCCAAGAUAACUUAAAUCAACUAAUGGCAGCUAAAGCAACUUUGGAGGAAAACUUGAAAAAUGUAUUACAUAAAAUUUCAAUGUUGGAGCAUAAUUUGAAUGAAUUAAAAGAGGCUAUCCGAGCUAAAGAUGAUCCUUUGAUGAAUGCACAAACAAGAUUGCAUCUACGUACAUUUAGACCUAAUAUGGAACUAUGCAAGGAUCCAGCAUCUGUAAGCUUAGUUGAAGAAGUUAAUGUAUUAGGUCAAUCUUUAGACGAAUUACUACAUCAAUAUUCAACAGUGGAGAACAAGCUUAAAGAUCUACAUGAUACACAAAUGGCACUUGAAAAAGAAAUCGAAUUAAAAACAGAAACUAUUCAUUUGAAUCAAUUUGGGUGUAUACCUGAAAGAACAUAUUAUCCAUCAGCUGUGCGUCUCCAAGGAUAUUAAUUCCAAGAAAUUAUUUUGAGGCAAACACAAUGCAGAUUUGGUAUUAUAUGUUUCGCCUAAAAUUACUAUUCAAUGGCGAUUAGGUGUUUUGAAAGAGUGACAAAAGUACUUCUUUAUUACGAAAUUCCAGUUAUGUUUGACAUAUUCAUAUAUUAUUGUUACAUCAUUUCCCUAAAUAAUUAUUUUACUUUGAUAGUAAAUAAAC